AUAUUGUUCACUACGAGACAAGCCGUAUUCAGCUGCUGCUUGCAACCAAAGUGUCAGUCGCAAGUCUCCGGUGUCGUUGGCCUCAAACCCUCGGUGGUGUCGGACAUCGAAAAGGCUUCGAGAACACAGAGGCCCGUUGGCCGACCCCUCGCCAUGGUGGCUACUCUAGGUCAGAAGGGUAUGCUUGUCGUCACCAAGGGCAAGAUCAUUGCGGUUUUUCUGUUGAUCUUGACGUGGUGGGCUGCAGCACUCCUACCGAGCUAUUCGCCCGUGAUCCAGGCAGAGAUUCAGUCCCGGUUCCAUGAGGCGCUGCAAAAGGUGCCCGCAAUCGAGGUGGCCUGGCACAAGCCGGCAGACCCCAAGUCGAACUACGACCAGACAAAGAUAGCCCUGAUCGUCGAGCCGCGUCCCAUCCCGCACCUGGUGCCGCAGAUACUGCACAUGAUCACGGUGCUCCCGCCGGAUUGGCGCAUGGUGUUUAUAGGCAGCGAGGCCAGCGUCGUCAGCGUGGGUCGCGCUUUUGCCGUCAAGCACCAGCAGGUCAUUGGCAAGAUGGACCUGAUGGUCCUGCCGGAGCCCUGGGAGAUUGAUUCCAAGGAAAAGGUCCACCGCAUGAUGACCGACAUACGCUUCUACGAUGAGUUCUUACCUGGCGUGCAGUGGAUAUUGAGGUUCGAAUCGGACAGCAUUCUGUGCGCCAAUUCUGAGACCAGUCUGAACGAGUGGUUGGACUGGAGCUGGGCGGGAUCUCCUCGCAAAAAAGACGAUCGCUUUUCCGGCAAUGGAGGGCUGUCACUACGCAAAGUCUCUGCGAUUAGACGGGUGCUGAACUUCCAGGAGCGCUACAACGACACCGAGCCCGAGGACGAGUGGUUCGGGCGGCGGGUCUGGGUCCUCCCCGGCGAGAAGGUGGCGUCGGGCUUCGACGGCAUGCUGGCGGUGGAGGACGUGUACAUGCAGCGGCCGAUGGGGUUCCACGUGCGAGACUUUGGCCGGACGCUGAGCGACGACGUGUGGAAAGACCACAAGCAGCGGCAAAAGAUCUUUGAGUACUGCCCGGAGCUGAGCCUCAUCAUGGACAUGAAGCUCGAGCGCGAGCGCUGCGAGGGCGACGACCGUGAGGGGACCAUCAAGCCGGUUCACAAAGAGCCCGAGCAGAAGCCCGACGAGGACAAGAAGAAGAAGGAGGAGGAGCAGGAGAGGAAGGCAAACGAGAUGGCAAGCAAACUGGCCGAUGAAGCGAAGCGCAAGGAUGCCGAGGCUUGGCAGGAGGAACAGGACAAGCACACACCCAAAAACGACUAA